AAUGCUGACUAUAAAACCAAUGCUGAAAGGGACUGCUUUGCUGCGGUUCAAUCGAAUUGCCUACUGUAUCCUCCCCUUGUACUCUUUCAGAGAAUUUAUAUGAGCGAAUUGAGUCUAGCCGUCCCACCUCAGCUUUCGAUUUCUUAGCAAAUGGAAACAUUUUGUGGUAAAUGUGGUCAAUGAAAAUAAACCUAUUACGUAUAGCUGAGCAGGAAAACGGAUGUAGGGAAGGCUGGCUAUAAAAGAAAUGCUGGUUCUAUCACUGCAUAUGAUUAUCAGCAAUAGGAAUGGCUCUGGUCUACACUCAAGAUAUGUCACAUGCAGCUCCUGCCUCUGGUGGAUGCAAUGGUAAUAUUCUGAAUUAUUCAACAAGAGAACAGCAGGCAAUAGGAGGAGGAGGAGCUGGAGGAAAUAGCAAUGACUGCAGUGUGCAGCAUCUCUGCUAUGAGCCAUCUCCUCUUUGCAAUUCAACAAAUGAAUAUCCAAGCACAAUUACAACCAUCACACACGAGCUGUCAGGCAAUGAAUCUUCCUCGCUUUUGAACUAUUCCAUCAACUCAGUCGCAAUGUGUCCACUAUACUGUCCCCCGCUCUCAGAGCAGGCUAUUGGUGGCGGGAACAAUCAAGAUUCUCUUCAUCCUGGCCUACAGCAGCCUCCCCCACCUCCUUCAUCUGACGAUGUCUGUUUCAUGAUGGAACCUUGCACUGGAGAGAGUGGGACAGCAAUUCAAGGAAGCAACGGGCAGCAGCAGCAGCAGAGCCUCAGCUGGCAGGCAUUCAAAGUUGAUAGCUGGUACUGUAUGAGUGAUAGAUCAAUGCAAGACAUAAACCAUGAUGAAGUGACUUGCGGAUUUGCAGUCGAAGCUGAUAAAGGUUUCAAUUAUUCUCAAUGGGACGAGAGCUUUGUGUGUCAAAAGAAGAACCACUUCCAAAUAUCGGUGCAACUUAAGCUACCCAGAGUCCCAAAAUAUGUGAAAACCAAUGCAAACGGUCAUAAGUUAGAGCUCAUCAAUUGCUUUGGUCUUCACUUAUAUGGAAUGAAGUUUGAAGCUCCCGAAUCAAUAAUAAUGAUAGAGAUGUCACGCACUGACAGGUCGAAGCUACCUUACGAAUCACUGCUGAUUGAUCUCCCAAAUUUUCCAGAUCAGCUAGUGAAAGCUAGUGCCUGUCGUCUACACUUUAGUGAGACAACAGCUAAUAAUAUGAGGAAAAGAGGCAAACCAAACCCUGACCAAAGGUAUUUCUCUUUGGUUGUUUCACUCCAUGCUUAUACUUCUACUGGUAAUUAUCCAGUGGUUGCUUAUGUGUCUGAAAGAAUUAUUGUUAGAGCUUCUAAUCCUGGACAGUUUGAUAAUGAAGGUGAUGCAACGUGGCUGAAAGGAGCCAGCUCGAGUGGUAGUGACACUGUGUUCUAUCAGGGUAAAGUUGGGAUUAAUACAGAGUCACCUGAUGAAGCACUUACUGUCGUGGGUAAUGUACAGGUAACAGGUCAAAUAUUACAGCCAUCUGAUGCUCGUUUGAAGACUGACAUUACACAAAUUAAUACUUCAGAAAUGUUGACAAACGUUGAGAGGCUGACCCUCUACAGUUAUGUUUUCAAGUAUGGCGCCUUUGGGGAAGAGAAAGAGAAAGAGGUCACUAAAGAGGUUGGGCUUCUAGCUCAAGAGGUCAAAAAAGUUAUACCUGAUGCUGUUAAAACAAUGGUGAUUAAAGGAAAAGAUGACACUAUUUUAGUUCUGAACAAAGACCGACUACUAAUGGAGUCUCUUGGUGCCAUACAAGAGCUUAACGGAAAGAAUAAAAGGACACUCCAUCUCAUUGCAAUCCUCGCCAUAUUAUUCUCAUCUCUUCUUUGUGUACUGAUUGUAAUAGGACUCUAUCAUUUAAAAUAACUUGCUUAUUGUGUUGGACACUUACAUGCAUUAUUAUUAUUAUAUACUACAAUUUUUAUAUGGAUAAUCAUUAAAAAAUAAGAAAUUGGUGCACUUAAAUAUUUAU